UGCGUGGUCCGACGGAGCCUCAGACGUACGCCACGUGUCCACAGCCCUCCGUUCUUUUUAGCCCUCUCGUUUUGCGGCAGGAUUCCUUCUCACAUGCUAUUUGGAAAAAAAAUCUGCAGGUGCUUCUUCGAUCUUGAAGCAAACGGAGAAAAAUACAGCAGGUAAUCGUGUUUUGCAAGCGAAAAUGUUGAGAAUCUUGAGGAAAACCGCUGCGUCAAUGGCGAAAACCGGCGGAUCUGGCCCUGCUGCUUACCGGUGCGACAUCUCCGAUGACGAUCUAUCGGUGUGGGAGUUCGUCAACUCGUCGAUGUCCGACGACGAAGACGUCUUCUCCUUCGACGGGGAUGAUGUCAUCAGCAACGGAGACGGCGCGACCGACGACGAGUCGGACCCGGAGCAGGAGCAGGAGCCGCAGCUGAUGGCAGAAGAGGGGGCUGACGAAGAAGAAGAAGAAGGAAAAGCACGCACAUCGCGUGAUUGCGUGAAGCCAAAAGUCAUCUACUCGAUUACGUGUCUAUCAGUCUCGCCUCGGACGGUUUUUCCUGUUGAGAUGAUGCCUGGUCGUGUUGGGGAUGAGCGCGAUGAUGACGACGACGAUGACGAUGAGCAUGGUUUAGAUGACUAUGAUAUUGAUGACGAGCUGGUUCCAUGGAAGCUGAAGAACAUGCUUGGAAAGCAGAGGAUAAGGAAGAUGGGAAAGAAGGGCGGGCCAAAACACAGCAAAUCAAAGAAGCUUCCGUAUAACCACAACAGGCCUGGGUGCUUGUACGGGAAGCACGGAUUUGGUGUUCAACACUCGUUUAUUUGAUGGAGGUAAAAUGGUCGAAUUGGGUGCUCUGGCUGAAGGUGGGAGGUGGAGUAUGGGGAUCUGUGUACCCUAAGAUUGGGAUUGGGAUUGGGAUUGGGAUUGGGAUUAGGAUUAGGAUUAGGAUUGAUGAAAUAAUAUUAGGGCAUCCGUCGAUUGUGUUGUGUUAACUGUUUGGGUGUAAAUUUGACUGGUCUAGGUCUAUGUUGAUGUGGUUCCUAGAACAUGGAUCAUAGCUUGCUGAUUGGUUAUCGUGACAUUAGGUGCUGAUUUUCAGUUAUGUGAAAUUGCUUAUAUGUGAAUAUUUGAUCCACUGGAAUGCAUUUUGAAGUUGAAAGAUCUGAAUA